AGUGCGCCCUCCAGACCCUUCUUUUUCACAACAGCGAACUCACGCACGGUCUCUGCGCUGCGCCGCACCGUCCGCCCGCCCGCUCUGAGUGAGACGAUCCGGGUUCAUUCUCCCGCCGUGUCUGCGCCUUGAAUCAUCUGGGCGAGCCGGGUGAAAGCUGCUGCAGCGUGCAGGGGUUAAACGCAGGGGAAAAGUCGCGUUUUAAAGAGUGUGCGAGUAAAUGGGAUGAGAGCCCAAGUCACUGAGCCAGCAGGUCGGACGCUCAAAGCUUCUUAACGGCAGGUGGAACGGCACAGAUAAGACAAGACAGAGGUGGCGGGGCAGUGUUUUCUCAAGAGCAGACCCACCCUGGAUACUCUUAAGUGUAUGUUUGAGGCAAUCGGGCAGGUUGACCACCUCUGCAGCAGAUCUUCUUCCACAACCUCUUCAAGCGUCCUCUAUGUCUCUCCGACUAUAAGGAUGACCACUUCGUGAGUGGACCGAUGCGAACAAGUCAAGGCAACUGGACAGUCCACCGUACCAAGGCGCACGGUGUAAGCCUACAAAGCUUAGCCCUUAUUAUGGGUAGAAACGCGACGAGGUGUCAACUCUGGGGGGAAAGGAGAGAAGGAGGUUUGGAAAAUAGCUUAAGACAAACAGUAAGGCACCGGGAACGAGGACAGACGCGGACCAUGCUUUUUCUUGUCUCUCUCGCUUUGCAGUCACAGUUGGUGCAUGCAAAAGGCAUGUUUGAGGUACAGAUCAGACAGUUCCAGAACCCUCACGGCUUCCUCCAGAAUGGUGAGUGCUGCGACCUUCCGUCCAACAAGGGAUCUCGCUGUCCCGCCAGCGACCCGUGCGACACCUUCUUCCGAGCGUGCCUGAAGGAGUACCAGAGCCGCGUGGUCCCGACCGGAACCUGCACUUUCGGGACGGGAAGCACGGGCAUUCUCGGAGGCAACUCGCACUCUUUUCACCACCACACGCACGACGGAGGGGAAGGAAUCAGCGGGCGCAUUGUCAUCAAAUUUGAACCAGCCUGGCCAAAAUCCUUCUCCUUGGUGCUGGAAGCACUGGAUCAUGACAAUGACACAGAGCAGGGUAAGGAGCAGCUGAUCGAGCGCGUGCCGCUGUCCUCCAUGCUCAACCCCAGUGAGCAGUGGCAGACCUUCCACCACCACGGCCGACAGCUGAGCCUGGAGUUCCGGCUGCGCUACCGCUGCGAGGCUAACUACUACGGCUCGGCCUGCAACCACUUCUGCAAGCCCCGCGACGACUUCUUUGGACACUUCGACUGCGACGCGGUCGGCAUCAAGGUCUGCAAGGAGGGCUGGACAGGCCCCGAGUGCAAAGAGGCUGUCUGUCGGCAGGGAUGCCACCAGGACCAUGGAGCCUGCAAGCAACCGGGCGAGUGUGUCUGUAACUAUGGGUGGAGGGGUCUACUAUGUGACGAGUGUGAGACCUUCCCUGGGUGUGUCCACGGCACCUGCACCGAGCCCUGGAAGUGUGUGUGCGACACCAACUGGGGAGGACUGCUGUGUGACAAAGACCUGAACUACUGUGGAACCCACUCGCCCUGUAGAAAUGGAGGCACAUGUGCCAACACGGAGCCCAAUGAGUACCAGUGUGUGUGCCAGGAUGGCUUCCGAGGCCGAAACUGUGACAUCGUGGAGCACGCCUGCCUGUCAGCCCCCUGCAAGAACGCCGCCACGUGCAUCGAGGAUGACAACCCAGCAGGCUUCAGUUGUGUCUGUGCAGAUGGCUGGACUGGUCCCACCUGCGCCGAUGCCGUGCUGAAGUGUGAGUCCAGUCCGUGCGGGCGUGAAGCCACGUGUCGCGACAGUCCAGAGGGCUUCCAGUGUCUCUGUGCCCCGGGCUGGACCGGCAGAACCUGCCAACUGGACACCAAUGAAUGUGAUUUGGGAGUGUGUGUGAACGCCCGCUCGUGCCGUAACCUGAUAGGUGGCUAUCUCUGUGACUGUCUCCAAGGCUGGUCCGGGCCCAACUGUGAUAUCAGGAAUGCCACUUGCCUGGGCGCGUGUCAGAACGGCGGACGCUGCGAGGAGUCCCAAUCAGCCCAAUGGCACUGUGUCUGUCCUCCCCGCUUCACGGGCAAACACUGCCAGGUCACGCGGAGGGCCUGCGACGGCCUGCAGUCCUGUCUGCAUGGAGGGAAGUGCAUGGAAGAGGACAAUGGCCAAGGCAUCACCUGCAUCUGUCCAGCAGGAUACACGGGGCCACGCUGCGAGGUGAAGAUGGACCCGUGUGACCCCAGCCCGUGCCAGCGCGGUCACGAGUGCCAUCGAGUGGACGGCAGCUACUUGUGUUUCUGCCCGACUGGCUGCACAAGCCUCAAUGGAGCAUGCCAACACUGUGGAGCUGGCAGCGUGUUGGACCUGAGCCAGCGCAGCUUUGCCACCUCCAUGGUCCUGGUGGGCGUCUUCGCUCUGGCCCUGGCUGCAGGCUGCACCGCGUGUGCCGUGCUCCUCUCUCGCCUGCAGCGCCGCCACCAGCGCAAGCACGGCUCCUCUUCCUCUGGCGGCGGCCCGCCGCCUCACCUGCACCACCACGACGCCGCCACCAUGCCCAUCAACAACCAGCGGGACUACUGUGUGCCCAUUCGUAACGUGGAGCGCAGCGGUGGCGUCCUCGUCAGCAGCGGUGGCGGUGGCGGGGUGCCCCUGCUACAGGGCCACGUGGUGGGCGGCACACACUGCUGCGUGGCCGAGGAGAUCGAGCUGACGCUGCCCCCGUCGCCCGCACCCUCCUCCCACCAGCCCUCCCCGGCCCUCAAGUCUGCCGUCAGCAGCCACCAUCACCACACUGCCCACCACCACCUGCCCAAGCUCGACAUCUCCAACCUGGAGCGCGAGAAGCUCAACCGCUACCACUACACGGACAACCUGGAGCAGGAGGCGUGACGUGACCUGCCUGCGCCCUCGACACCCACCCCACCCCACCCCACCCCCUCCAAACUUAAUUUAAGAUGGCCGCCCCCAGAUUGCCGAUUUUUUUCCCCCCCAGAAUUUUAGGAUUUGACCGAGAUUGCAUGCAUCACACCCACUGACAGGAUCUGGAGCGGUUUUGAGUCACAAACAACGACCGGGUUAAACAGUUAGAACAGACUGCUCUGUUAGCAGUGCCACCACUGACGUCUUUUGGGAUCAACUUCUACAGUUAUACAAUAACAAUGGGACGAAUCACCAUGAUUGAAAUCGGUCACCGAAACACAUGAAAUGACUGAAUGACUGCGUGACUGAACUGCGACUACUGCUGAUGACCUCGCUCGGAAUGAUCCGGAAGUUUCAUUGUAACAAAGUUGGGCUCAAACGUCGGUAGGCCUGUGUGUAACCAGCCCCCCAUUCAAACUCCCUUCCCAGUACCUUUUUAGGUGUCACCCUCUGAGUGUAACCUGCCCCCAUACAAACUCAACUUCCUUCCCAGUACCUUUUGCAUGACAAGUGCUCUGGACCAUGAGGUCAUAGACCUGUCUCAGAAAAAGCCACUAAUUCCAUCAUCUUCAAGGAUUCAUGGAUUGUUUAUUUGUCAGAGACACAGAGACACUUCCACUUUUUGACUUGUAAGAUGGGGGCCUUAUUGAACGAUAUUGAAAGGUUUUCUUUGUAAACGGUUGGCAAGACUGUGCACCCAACCAACUAGA